GGGGUUGCCUGCCCAGGUGGGUGGUGAGGUGAUUUCAACCGUCAAUGCGCGCGCGCCCGCAAGGUGGACUCUCCACUUACUCAUUUCCAACUGCUGCUCGAGCACGCGAUCUUACAUAAUUUCGUCUCAUCUAAGUUAAGUUGCCAUUCAGGUGCCAUAUCUUGCUCCCGAACGAUCGUAUUGUUGCAUGUGCAAGGGAACAUGCAGCAGUCUUCUGCGCUCUCUCUCUUCCUCCCGCGCCGGUGACAGCAAUAGCCCUGGAGCGUAUGAAAUUUAAGCCGACAUGAGCGCAAUGCUGGCUGGCCGAGGCUGCUCGCACACCGCCGGCAUUCGAUCGUGUAUACUUGCUACCCGACCCGUCGCCAGUCAGCUCGGAUUACACGUUCGCUGUUCGAAGCCAUGGACGAGACCACGGACAUUCUCGACGACGGCGCUGCGACGGCGAGAGGAUGCGCGGGCGCCGUCCACUCCCGCGGCAGUGUCAUCAACGACACCCAAAUCGACCACGCCGGCUGAUGCGAUCAAGAAAGCAGCAGCAGCAAAGAACGAUGUUCUACUCUCAGAGCAGACCGUAUCGAAUCAGAUGCAACGCCAGGCCGACUGGGCCAUCAUCCGUGACAUGGCGCAUUAUCUCUGGCCCAAGAACGACUUCAGCACACGAUUCCGCGUGGGACUCAGCGUUGGCUUGUUGGUCGGCGCAAAGGUUCUCAAUGUACAAGUACCCUUUUAUUUCAAAAAUAUAGUGGAUUCCAUGAAUAUCGACUUUGUCGCUGCGGGUGGAACAGCCAUGACCGUUGCUGGUGCGGCGAUCUUUGCAUAUGGUUUGACCAGGAUCGGAGCGACCAUUUUUCAAGAAAUCCGGAAUGCUGUUUUCGCAAGUGUGGCACAGAAAGCCAUUCGCAGAGUCGCGGGUAAUGUCUUUGAGCAUCUAUUGAGGCUGGACCUCAACUUCCAUCUAGCACGGCAGACAGGAGGUCUGACCCGCGCGAUCGAUCGUGGGACCAAGGGUAUCAGCUUUCUACUCACCAGCAUGGUCUUUCACAUCAUUCCUACAGCACUGGAAAUCAGCUUGGUCUGCGGUAUUCUGACCUGGCAAUACGGCUGGAAGUUCGCCUUGUUGACUGUCGGGACCAUGUCGGCGUACUCCUGGUUCACAAUCACGACCACUGCAUGGCGGACGAAAUUCCGCAAGCAAGCCAACGCUGCUGACAACAAAGGCGCUACCGUGGCCGUCGACAGCUUGAUCAAUUACGAAGCCGUCAAAUAUUUCAACAACGAGGCCUACGAGGCCAAACGAUACGAUUCCGCUCUGAAGAAUUACGAAGAUGCAAGCAUCAAAGUCGCGACGUCGCUGGCAUACCUCAACAUGGGUCAGAAUCUCAUCUUCUCCACGGCACUCACCGGCAUGAUGUACAUGGCUGCACAAGGCGUUGCUGCCGGCAAUCUCACAGUCGGCGACCUGGUCAUGGUCAAUCAGCUCGUCUUCCAACUCUCAGUACCACUGAACUUCCUCGGCAGCGUAUACCGCGAACUCCGACAAAGUCUCCUCGACAUGGAAACCCUCUUCAACCUCCAAAAAGUCAACGUCGCCGUCAUCGAAGCGCCCGACGCCAAACCGCUCCAGCUCACGAAAGGCGGCGAGAUCAAAUUUGAAAACGUCUCCUUCGCCUACCGCCCCGAUCGGCCCAUCCUCCAAAACCUCAACCUCACCAUCCCCGCGGGCCAAAAGAUCGCCAUCGUCGGCCCCUCCGGCUGCGGCAAAUCGACCAUCCUGCGCCUGCUCUUCCGCUUCUACGACGUGCAGUCCGGCCGCAUCACCAUCGACGGUCAGGACAUCCGCACCAUCACCCUGGAGUCCCUCCGCAAAGCCAUCGGCGUCGUGCCGCAGGACACGCCGCUCUUCAACGACACGAUCGAGCACAACGUCCGGUACGGCGACAUCACGGCGCCCCGCGAGCGCGUCCUGGCCGCGGCCAAGCGCGCCCGCAUCCACGACAUCAUCGAGUCCCUCCCGGAGGGCUACGACACCAAAGUCGGCGAGCGCGGGAUGAUGAUCUCGGGCGGGGAGAAGCAGCGCCUGGCCGUGUCGCGGCUGAUCCUCAAGGACCCGCCGCUCCUCUUCUUCGACGAGGCCACCUCCGCCCUGGACACGCACACGGAGCAGACCCUGCUCGCGAACAUCAACAGCAUCCUCAAGGAGAAGCGGCGCACCAGCGUCUUCAUCGCGCACCGCCUCCGCACCAUCUACGACUCCGACGCCAUCAUCGUGUUGAAAAACGGCGCCGUCGCCGAGCAGGGCACCCAUGAUGAUCUGAUCUCCAGGCAGGGCGGCAUCUACGAGGAACUCUGGAACGCCCAGGAGAUGGCGUUCGUCGAGGGAGAGCAGGAGGGAGAGGGAGACGCGGUGGCGAAGGUGCUGGAUGUCGAUGGCAAGGUGGGAGAGGAUGAGGGAAUCAGCAAGUCGAGACCGCCUUCGCCGGCGGAGAAGAAGUAACGAAGGGCAUUGUAUAGUGGGUAGAGGAUCUGGUCGUGUCAUGCAUGAAUGAAGGGUCUGGAUUAGAUGCUUUUGCUGAUUAGAUCCCGACGGAGUAUAGAUGCGGUUUUCGAGAUGUAUUUUUCAUUUCUUCGUUUUGAGCCAUGUUCAUUCAUUAAUCAUUGUUAUGACACACGAAAGAGAAGGACAGGGGGUUUCCUCGUUCAAUGGAUACAUAGAUAAAUGUUCCUCCAAUUUUCAUCAUUCAUUAUGACAACGACAAUCAUCAUCAUCAUAGUUCUCUCUUCCAUCGUAAAAUUCUUCCCUCGCCCCCAUUCCCUUCGCAAACACAUAAGUCCUUCCUCGGAUUCCACUCCCAAUAGCCCACCAUCCCUGU